AUGGAUGAUGGGCGCAUAUCCUCGCAAACUAUGGAGCAACACUCAAUUUCCAACGAGCAUUCCGAAUUGGCUCGAAUCAUCCAGAGUAAUCAUUAUAUCCGAAAAACAGUUCAAGAUGCCACGAAUAAAUUUUUAACGUUACAAAAUGAUCUGCUGAAAAGUAUGCAAGUACAAAGACUUGAUACAAUCACAGUUGAACAAAACGCUCAGCCAUUUUUUGAUGCUGUUGAAAUUCGAUCAUUAAAUGAACAAGUUACGUCAGAUAGAGUACAACUGGCAUUCGUCGGUGCAAAUUCAUGUGGAAAAACAUCAUUUUUACAUCUGCUAUUGCGAUCCGGUUCAUUUCUACCAGCAGAUGUAGGUUCAACUAGUGCACGCAUUAUUCGAUUAACUUAUGCUACGGUUAGAGAUGCCUGUUUAAUCGUGUAUCCCUCACUGGAUAAUAAGGAAGUGAUUGUACAGGUUAGUUUAGUCGAAUUUUUUAUUGAUGGUCAAAAACCGGAUUGGGAUGGUGUGAAAACAGCCAUCCGAGUACAUGUUGAACGGCCUGAUACUGAAAAUAUAAAACCUCAUUCGAAUGAAUUUGCCCAGUGGGCUAAAUACUUUGUUGAAUUACGAAUUCCUUCAUCGUUUUUAAAAUUGGGCAUCGAUAUUUAUGACACGCCAGGUCUCUUGUUUUCUGAUCCACUCGUUUUGAAAGAAAAUCUUCGUGAGUUAGUGGAAUUAGUCAAACCAACUCUUGUGUUUAUGUAUGAUAAUGCAGCAGUUUCAUCUGAUUCACAAGAUUGUUUUCUUGCAGUGAAAGAUGCAUUAGGUCAGUUAGCUGAUACGAGUAUGUUUUUCUUGAAUACAAAAGCUGAUAUAACAGUAAUACUGGCUGAUGCUGACCCGAACGGCGAAGGAAUCGAAGAUGAAAAGUGGCCGGAAAUCCUGUUAGCUGAACGACAAACACGUUAUAACCUUUUACUUAAAGUGCCAAGUAUGGCCAGUGAGUUUCCAGGCGGAUUACCAGAAUCUUUCGCGAAAUGUCAUUGUUUCGAUAUUGUUAGUGUUCAUUCGGAUUUGGAUCCAUUAGGCAGUGAAAUGAAUCGAACGACAAUCAGCCGUAUGAUUCAGUUUGUUGCUAAUUCAGAUCUGAAAAUAGCAAAAAAAGUCAGUCAGUUAGUGCUACCUGUAAUUGAUGCAUUUUUCGAUUUUGCAUUAGUGACCAGCCAGCGAACGGCUGCACAGCUGCAAACAUUACGCCAUGAAGCAUGUCAAUGGACAGCAAAUUAUUUUAUUAAGCAUCGUAGUCAACUCCAAAAAAUGCUAGCUGAACUAUAUGAUUUAAUACUAGACCAGUUGAAUGAUGAAAUGAACUGUAUUGCUCAAAGAGCUGCGAAAUUGAAAACAGCUCCAUUAAUUGAAAAAUACAUAAAAGCUGUUGUGCAACAGGAAAUUGUUAAAAUGAACGUGGAAUUAGUAACAAGAAAGCAUGCAACCAUUAGUGGGAGAGAAAUCAAAGCUGAUCCAACAAUAUUGAAUAAUGCUGAUAAAAAUGAAUUUUUAAUAUCAGCACAACGAAGUUUCACUAUAAGUCGUAAUUACUACGAUAAUAAAUGUACAAGUCGACUUUUUAUGAUUCAAGCAAUGUUACUGCAAACAGCUCUCAUAGCUGAUAUUUUAAUUGAAUCAGAUGAUGAAGGAGGAUCAAAAGAUACAAAAUAUAAAACAAUAGUGAGACAGGAUACACGUAAAAAACUACCGUUACGAAAAGGUAUGAGCAGUUUAGAAAUAGCGUAUCAACGGUUGUCAGAACUCCAGUCUUGGUUAGUAAAUCAAAAAGCAUAUAUGAGUAAAGUAGUUGAUGUAUUGAAUAAUACACAAAAACAGCAUUUGAUUGAAAAAAUAGACCAACGUUAUAAUUUAGCUGUUAAAGGUGUAUCAGACAGAGAAAAAGCAUAUCAACUAGUAACAAUAUAUGUGGGUGCGUUUGCACAUAUUGAAUGCAGACUCGUGGCAGCUAUUGAUCUAGCAAAAUUUCAUGGACGUAAGCCGGUGAUUAACAAAAUGUUAG